CUGAGGAAACGCCUAGCCUCGCAUAGCGACUUUGCCUUCCGGAGCCUCAGCUCUCUAACGACCCGGGAAGGUCUCACGGAGAGGGCGCUCUGCAGGGCCGGAUUGGCCUCUGCUUCACGGAAGGCGGGACUCAGGGCUAAGGGAACGGAGGGGUAUUUAAGACCUGGUGGAGUUGGAGGCAGCCAAGGGCAAAAUGAGUGUGCUGCAGGGCGCCAGGACCUGCCCAGGUCCCGGAGAGGCCUGCGACCUUAAGUCCCCCCUGAGCGCCAGGCUCAGGGAGCCUCUCACCGAGGCUCGGUUCCAGCAGCUCUUCGGGGGUGAAGAACAAGAGCCAGAGGUCCUGCCGGAGCCCCUCUUGCCCCGGUUGUGCGGGCUGUGGAGGCUGCCGGCCCGCGCUUGCUCUGGACCCGGGGCGUGGCGUCUGCUGCGGGCCCGUCUGCCUCCGCUGCGCUGGCUGCCCCACUACCGUUGGCGGGCCUGGUUGCUGGGGGAUGCGGUGGCCGGAGUGACCGUGGGCAUCUUGCACGUGCCACAGGGCAUGGCUUUUGCCCUCCUGACCUCGGUGCCCCCAGUUGUGGGACUCUACACUUCUUUCUUUCCCGUCCUCAUCUACAGUUUGCUGGGUACUGGGAGACACCUGUCCACAGGCGCUGCCCGGAGGGGGCAAUUUUUUGCACCCUCCUUUCUUUCCUCGCUUCCCACGGGUUCACGGCUGAUUCACAAGCUCGUGGCCCCGCUGUCGUCAGGGGGAACUUUUGCUGUACUCAGCCUCAUGACUGGGUCGGCGGUGGAGCGGCUGGUGCCCGAACCCCUCGGGGGGAACCUGAGCGGAAUCGAGAGGGAACAGUUGGACACUCAGCGGGUUGGAGCGGCCGCGGCGGUGGCCUUCGGGAGCGGGGCGAUAAUGCUGGCCAUGUUCGCGCUGCAGCUGGGCGCACUGUCCACCUUUCUGUCGGAACCCGUGGUCAAGGCGCUGACCAGCGGGGCUGCACUGCACGUGCUUGUGUCCCAGCUGCCGAGCCUUUUGGGUUUGUCCCUCCCACGCCAGAUCGGCUGCUUCUCUCUCUUCAAGACGCUGGCCGCCGUGCUGACGGCGCUGCCCCGGAGCAGUGCGGCCGAACUGACCAUCUCGGCGCUCAGCCUGGCGCUGCUUGUGCCGGUCAAGGAACUGAACGUGAGAUUCCGAGACAGGCUCCCCACCCCGAUCCCGGGGGAAGUCGUCAUGGUGCUUCUGGCCUCCGUGCUCUGCUUCACCUCUUCCCUGGACACAAGAUACAAUGUCCAGAUAGUGGGGCUGUUGUCUGGAGGAUUUCCCCAACCUGUCCUCCCUAACCUGGCUGAGGUGCCAAGGAUUUUGGCUGAUUCGUUGCCCAUUGCAUUGGUUACUUUUGCUGUGUCUGCCUCCCUGGCCUCCAUCUAUGCAGACAAGUACAGCUACACUGUUGACUUCAACCAGGAGCUCUUGGCACAUGGUGUCUCCAAUCUCAUCUCCUCCCUCUUCUCUUGCUUUCCCAACUCGGCCACGCUGGCCACCACCAGUCUACUAGUGGAUGCUGGUGGGAACACACAGCUGGCAGGCCUCUUCUCCUGUACAGUGGUCCUGUCCGUGCUGCUGUGGCUGGGACCCUUCUUCUAUUAUCUCCCCAAGGCUGUCCUGGCUUGCAUCAACAUCUCCAGCAUGCGCCAGAUGUUCUUCCAGAUGCAGGAACUUCCACAACUAUGGCGCAUCAGCCGCGUGGACUUUGUGAGAAAAGGCAGCAUCACCCCCAAGAUUGCCCCUUCCCAUCCUCUCAGAAUACCCAGCCUCUGCCCUGGAGCAAAGCUAAUUGUUCUGGCUGUAUGGAUGGUCACAUGGAUGGCAGUAGUGACCUUGAGUGUGGACCUGGGCCUGGCUGUGGGUGUGGUUUUCUCCAUGAUGACCGUGGUCUGCCGCACCCAGAGGGUGCAGUGUCUGGCACUUGGACUGGCUGAGGGGACAGAGCUCUAUAGGCCACUCAAAGGGAGCCACAAGCUCCUCCAGGUCCCAGGGCUCUGCAUCCUGAACUAUCCAACACCGCUCUACUUUGGGACCCGUGGGCAAUUUCGCCACAUCCUAGAAUGGCAUCUGGGGCUUGGAAAAGGAGGCAAGGAGACACCAAACCCAGAUGGUCCACCCGACAGAGUUGCUGAGCCUGUCAGAGUGGUGGUCCUAGACUUCAGUGGUGUCAUCUUUGCUGAUGCUGCAGGGGCCAGAGAAGUGGUACAGCUGGCCAGCCGAUGCCGAGAUGCUGGGAUCCACCUUCUCCUGGCUCAGUGUAGUGCCUCAGUGCUGGGGACACUGACCCAGGCAGGACUCCUGGACAGAGUGACCCCAGAACAGCUGUAUGUGAGUGUCCAAGAUGCAGCUGCUCAUGCCCUGGAAAGACUGGAGCUCACUGACCUGAAGAUUUGCACAGUGUGGGUCUGACCUACAGACUUGGAAUGCAGAGGGCCCGGACAAUGUGUGUGAGGAGGGUCAUGGCCCUGCACCCCUUCCUUAAUGUAGCUAAUAAAAGGAAGCUGAGA